UAAGUGCAACAAUGCCAGGUGUGUCCAGCAGAACCCCUCGAAGGAGAGGACCCCCCAAAACCCCAGAGAAAACAGCAGGGUUGUCCACUGCUCAAUUUUACAGUCCAAAAACUCCUGGCUGGGUAUCUGGAAAUCAGAUGAAAUUUGAGCUAGAAGAGUCUCCACUCAAUAAUGUUCGUAAAGGAAGGAAGUCAGUUAUUCCAACAGGAACAGCAACCCAGAAAACCACCAACUCCAGGAGACACACCAUGUUCAAACUCCCAGAGCCUGUGAGGUCCUCUCCUAUAGGUACAAGAUCCAGGCGAUCCUCCAUAUUCAAUGUCCACAGCAGAAAAGGAGGGAUAAGGCUAACCAUUGCAGUUACCCCUCAGGAAAAAUUAAAGAAAGGUCCAGGAAAAGUGGUCUCCCCACCCGGAGUAAAGACUCGUACCAGGAGGUCAUCUGUAUAUCAGAAAGGUAAAACUCUUCAGGAAGCUUGUUCCCAGGUCCAGAAGACGGUAACAACUGGUCAAAACAGAAAAAUGACAGGAACCAAGGAGAAGGAAGAAACUGCAGUGCCAAAGAAGCCAGUAUCAACUCGCAGGUCUGUGAAUCCAAAAUCACCUGAAAGACCUCCUUCUAGAACUUCUUUACAUGGAAAAAUUUCAUCUCCACAAUCUAAUAACUUGGCAACCAAAAGAAAAUCUAUCCAACCAAGCACAACAAAAUCUGAAGAAAAGGACGAAAACAUGCCAGCACAAAAGAAGCUAAGAAAAACACCAAGACGCUCCGUUACAAAAUCUGCAGAAGAGCCCAAAGUUAUGCCAGAAAAUGUGGAAGCUGUUUUCAAGACCCCUGCACGACUAGUGUCCAGUGCAUCAGAAGAUACACAACCUGUCUCCACAAAAAGACAAAGAAGCAGUGUCAAAAAGACCCCAGUCAGUCAAGCUUCAAAGUCCCUUGAGGAUGUUAAACCCAACUCACCAAAAAGAACACCUACAAGUAUAAAGAGAAAGACACCAGCACAAUCUGCCUCUAAACAACUCAGGUCUGCAACCAAGCGAAAAAGCAGAACUCCAGCUUUAUCAAGAAGCACCAGGCAGAGAAAUAUCGAGCAAUCAGAAGAUGACAGUACAAUUAGUGAUACAGACUCGAAGGUAAAGGAACCUAAAGUGACACUGACACCAAAACCGAAAGAGGAUAUAAAGAGUAAAAGUCCUAAAUCUACAGUAAAACGGAAAAUGGAUCUCCCAACAGAGUCCCCUCAGGUAAAAGUCAAAGUGACAGAAGCAGUGUUAGAAACCUCUUCUGGGAAAUCCAGACAUUCCUCCAGGAAAGCUCCAGCUAAGGUAAAAAGUAGUGUAGAUGAUAAAAGUGGAGAUACUUCCCUUGAUGAGUCCAUUGAAUUUAAAACACCAAUGAAGACUCCAAGAUUGGCAAGGUCAGCCAAGAAGACAACUAAAUUAUCAGCGGAUAUGACACCUCAGGUAAAACUUACAAAAAUCUCUUUACCCAAUGAAGACGCCAUAAAAGAGGAAGAAUCCAAAAUUGAUACUCAAGAAAACCAAGAUGGAAAUUCUCAAAAAACAGUACAGGUUGUCUCCCCUGAGUUGAGCUCUCCUGCACAGCAUAGUGGAAAAUUGGCAGAAAGAAGAGGUACCCCAGCGAGAGUUCAGCCUGAUGCAGCAGACAAGGAGGUGUUGUUGAAAGGGAAGAACAAAAAAGAGAGCAAAAUCAAGAAACUGAAAACUAAAGAAAAAGCUAACUCGGCGGUGUCAUUAAAUGGCAGUCUGAACACAUCUGCUCACACCAGCAUGGGUGCAAAAUGUACCAUCUUGUAACUAGAAGUGGGUGUGAUACAUGAUUUUUAAUAGAGUUAUCUCAAUUUUGACAGUAAUACAUGUAUCUCUAGCAUAUUUUCAGUAUUCAUACCUAGUAUAGGUACAUGUAAAUAUUGCAUUUCUUUCUCUGGUAUUACACAAUGAAAAAAAGUCUGUAUAAAUUUUCACUAACUGAUGAACAUGAUAUUUUACUGUACUUGUAACCAAAUACAAGUGUAUCUAGAUUGAUUUUGGCAUGUGCAGCCAGGUAUGUUUUGUAAUUUUUGACAUGAUGCUGUUGUCUAUACAAGAAUUUAGUUAUUUCUCGAUAUACUCGGGUAUUUAUGUCACAGUUUCAGCUGUAUCUAGUGCACAUAUGUAAAGGCUGCAUAUUUGAUUUGUACAUAGAACUGUAAAAAAAAAAGUUGUAUUAAUGAUGAAAUAGCUUUUAAGAUAGUCUACAUUAUAAUUUUUUUUUUAAUUUAGAUUUUAUUAGUUAAAUUUGGUGCAAUUUUGAAUUAUAUUCUUUUAUGUUUGUGUAUGUUUUCAGGCAUCUUUGCUGGCCAAGGGUUUCUGAUCUGCUACUCUCCUCCUUUUUGAGGAGAGUAACGGAUCAGAAACCCUUGGCUAGGGAAGAUUGUUUUCAGGUUUUAUCAUUUUUUAAAUCUGCCUUAAAAUACAAGAACAUGUAGAGAGAUUUUUUCUUUCUGGGCAAAAAAAAAAUUGUGACAAUCAUAUUAAUCUAAUCUGUAGUGUAGAUCUUCCUUCCCCUUUUCAUCCUUAUUUAUAUUCAUUUGGACUGAGUUGAUAAAUGUGACAUCAUUUUCAUUGAAUGUUGAUUUUGUCAUCUUAUAUUAUUUUAAGAAAAAAAGUUGUCUGAAGGUUUU